GGAACAUUGUGGAGGUAUUGGCUACAAAGGAUUAUCCAGUUUCAUCGAUAGGACUCUUCCAAUUUUGAGAUAAUUUCAACCUGACCUGAUCAGACUGCAGACGUAACAAUAAUGGGUGAAUUUCUGGUACCUUUGAGGACCCUCGCAGACUUAGAGGAUGCCAAGAGGGCUGCUCGGGUCAUCAACGAUCACUCGCUGGCCAAGAUGGUCACAAGAAAGAGAAAGAUCCGAAAGUCUAGGAAGACGAUAUUUCUGUCCGUGCUUUCCCGGAACAAGUUCGAGGAUACGUCUUCAUCACCAUCGUGCAAUCUAAGGGCAACUUCAGCCGAGAAUGCUCAAAGCAGUGAGAUCCAGCUGCUCGUGAGAAGCUCUUCAAGGUCACCUCUGUGUCUGCAGCUGUAUCCUUCCACCACUAUCUCAGCCUUGAAAGGAUUACUACAAGAAAAACUGGCAAUUGAACCAGACAAGCAAAAUCUAUUCACAAAGAGACAUCAUGAGCUUCGCGAUGAAUUCUCACUAAAGGACCAUGGGAUUGUCCGAGAUUCCAAGAUAGACUUACGCCUAGUGUCUGACUUGAUGAAUGGAAGCUAUCAACAUAAAUCAGCAGGUGAGGCUCUACAUAUAGGGUUACGCACACUAUCUGUAUGCAGAGCUGGCUGUCUUACAGACACCUUUCACGUCUCAACCUGCAGGGAAACAGAAGAGAAGAAGAAAGAGGCAGUCGGGCUGCAAAUCUUCAUCUGA